CAGCCUAGGCCCCUGGCCCGGAAGCUGCUUGGCGCUAGGAUCCUCCCCAGGUUCGGGACCCCGGCCCCGCCCCGGUUGCCUAGGCGAUGAAGGGCCGCUUUGCAGCGGCAAGAUCAUGGCGUCUUCUUUGGGGUUACCUCUCGGGGUGACGACCCCUGUGGCAAUCACCCCGGCGGGAACUUCGCCCGACUCGGAGAAAGAUGCUGCUGAAUUCCAGGAACAUGAAGAGAUUCUGUCUCCAGAUUUUCUUUCAGUUGCCCAAAUCACAGAAAUGCAAGCAGAGGAUGUAGAUGGAGUUCAAAAGAAAUUGGCCAUGUUUUUGAAUUUCAAAAACCUUCAAACCUGUUUUAAAGAAGCCAUUCUACUAGAUUAUUAUGUAUCUGGAUUUUUGUGGGCUAAAGGCAUGGACUUUUCUAUUAUUCAGUAUUCAAAAUUUAUGACUUUACUAGAUAUGCUGCUUCACAAUCUUAGAACACUGCACAUGUCCUUAGAAGAUAGCUUAAAAUGGCUUGGAGAGGUUAUGGCUGAAAUAGGACCAUCCAAUUUGCAGAAGAAUGAGAAAUGGAGUAUCUUUGAUACAAAACAAGCCAAUGCUAUUAUUGAUUACUUAAAAAUCAGCUUAUUUCAACACUACAAGCUAUAUGAAUUUCUGUUCUACUCUACCAGGGAAGAAAUUGUGAUAGGAACUGAGCAAAUGAUAGAAACUGUCAAGCCUUCAGGUGGCCUUUUCCCCAACCCUCUAGAAGAAGGAAUCUCUUUUGAUAUUUAUUCAGCAUUCAUAGAGCCACCCCCAACACUGGAUACAGAAAUGAAGGGACUGGACCAAGAACAAGGCCCUGAGGACUCCCAGCCAAAAGCCAGUGCUUCAGACACAGAUGAUUUGGUUGGUUUCACUAUUGAAGAUGUAAAAUCAGUGCUGGCUCAAGUCACAGAUGACAUUUUAAUCGGCAUUCAGGAUUCCACCCGUUUUCAUGGAAAUACCAGCAGUGGACAUCAGCUUAACAUUUUUUGUCAGAACUGCCAAAGAAUGUUGUGUUAUUUUAUUUUAUAUUUGGCUCCAGACAAUGUUCAGUGUAUAUAUCUCCAAUGGUCAUUUUGAUGUUUGUAUCUCCUUUUUAAUCUAGUGUGCAGUUUAUUCUGGAUAUUUUCUAGGCAGUGAGAUGAAAUAAGAUAUGGUUCUUGACUUCAUGAAGCUCAUGGAAUUGAUAAAGUUCAUAGUCUAGGGUCAGAUGAUAAGCAAGUGAAUCAAUAAUGUGAUCUUAGAUAACAAAUAAUGCCAAUGAUCAACACAAAGCCAAUGGGGUAAAAGGUUCUGGGAUGUGGAAGGGCUACUUUACCUAGGGUCCUCCAAGAACCCUUCUUGUAAGAGAUGACUUCAAGUUGACCAGAAUGGAAGGAACUAGCCAUGGGCCACACCAUGGUACACCAUGUUCCAGCUAAUGAAAAUGGCAAGUAAAGUGACGUUGCCAAGUAGAGCUUGUGAUCACUCAAAGCAGCUUUCAGGGAAAAGGGCCUGACUCCUGGAAAAUAACCAGACAGGUUUUUAUCUCCAGACCUUCACAUUCCUAAUCUAGUGCUGUUGCCAUUCUAUUGUUUUGGCAUGGUCAUAUUGCCUUUUCCCCCCCAGAAAAAUGCAGAAUUAUAGCAAUAAAAUGCUUAUCAGUAUAACUCCCAAUCCUAAAUAAGCCCACCUGCUUAAAAGAGAAUCUUGGUCCAAAUCUCUUUUACAGGAGAAUUCCAAACAAAUUAUGUAGGUACUCCACUCCAGAAAAGGAGGAAAAUAACUCCCACUCAUUAUAUGUGGGCUGUGCAUAGCGACUUCUCACCAAAUACAGUAUGGGAAGGCGGAGGGGAAGAGUGCCUUCACAGUUAAGAAACCUGAUCAACACUACUACUGCCAGAUGAUCAAGGUCAAUAUCAAUAGUCAUAAAUCAUGUUGAUGGCAUGUCCACUUGAUAUGAGAUCAUGAAAAUAGUGCUUUAGCUCUGUGAUCUUCCUACCAGAAAUCAUACCCCCAGUCUAAUCAUGAGGAAAAACAUCUGGCAAAUUCCAGUGGAGGAGCAUCCUAAUAUAUACCAGAUCAGCACUCCUCAAAACUGUCAAGGUCAUCAAAAACAAAUCAAGGAUGAGAAUGUGUUGCAGCCAAGAGAAGCUUAAAGAGACAUGACAACUAAUGGAAUAAAAAAUCCUGGGUGUAAUUCUGGAAGAAAAAAAGGAAAUCUAAAGAAAUAUGUAUAAAUUAUAAAUGUUAAUAAAAAUGCAUUCAAACUGGUUCAUUAGCUAUACCAAAUGUAC